GGUGGGGAGGCUUUUAAAAAAACAAAAACAAAAACAAAAAAAAAAACACACUCGCCGUCGCACAGGAAGAGGAAGCUUAACUAACUUUGUGUGUGUGAAAGCAGAGACACGGAAACACCGCCGACUGUUAUGUCCUGAGCUUGUGUGUGCGUGUGUGUGUGUGUGUGUGUGUGUGUUUCUGGCGACGGACUCGCUCUUCACAGGCUUCCUCGGAUGUAGCUUGUUAGCUAGCUGCGUCGCCUCCAGUGCGCGCACACACACACACACACACACGCGCGCGCACACGCACAGCGGCUUUUCUUCUUCUUCGCUUCCUCUGCACGACAAACCGCUGCCGAUGUUACGCGCGGACACGGCGGACAAAACGACGGCCGUUCGCUUCGCCGGUGAACGCGUGAGAGAGAAGGAGUAAUAACCCCCCCCACCCCCCCGGUUCUGGUUGCCAACUCCUCGGCCACCGGGGCUGAACACCCCGCCACCCCUCCACCGGCCACCGAGCGGUCUCUAAUGGCCGGAAAUCCGAGGAGGGGCGCCGGUCUGAUCGGCUUGAUGAAGGACGCCUUCCAGCCCCACCAGCAGCCGCCGCAGCCCCACCAACCUGCCGUGGUCGAUAAGAAAAUGGUGGAGAAGUGCUGGAAGCUCAUGGAUAAGGUGGUGCGUCUGUGCCAGAACCCCAAGGUGGCGCUGAAGAACAGCCCGCCCUACAUCCUGGACCUGCUGCCGGACACCUACCAGCACCUCCGCACCAUCUUGUCCCGGUACGAGGGUAAAAUCGAGAUUCUCGGGGAAAAUGAGUAUUUCCGCGUCGUCAUGGAGAACUUGACCAACAAGACCAAGCAGACGAUGAGCCUGUUCAAGGAGGCCAAGGAGAGGAUGUACGAGGAGAACUCCCAGCCCAGGCGAAACCUCACCAAGCUGUCGCUGAUCUUCAGUCACAUGCUCGCAGAGCUAAAGGCCAUCUUCCCAAACGGCCUGUUUCAGGGCGACAACUUCAGGAUCACCAAAGCUGAUGCGGCUGAAUUUUGGCGGAGGUCAUUUGGGGAUAAAACCAUAGUGCCGUGGAGGACAUUUCGCCAGGCUCUCCACGAGUUCCACCCGAUCAGCUCGGGCCUGGAGGCCAUGGCCCUGAAGUCCACCAUCGACCUCACCUGCAAUGACUACAUCUCCGUUUUUGAGUUUGACAUCUUCACCAGGCUCUUCCAGCCAUGGUCAUCUCUUUUAAGGAACUGGAACAGUCUGGCAGUCACACAUCCUGGUUACAUGGCCUUCCUAACGUACGAUGAGGUCAAGGCACGACUGCACAGAUUCAUCCACAAACCUGGCAGUUACAUCUUCAGGCUGAGCUGCACCCGGCUCGGCCAGUGGGCAAUCGGCUACGUGACAGCGGACGGGAACAUCCUGCAGACCAUCCCCCAUAACAAACCCCUUUUCCAAGCCCUCAUUGAUGGAUACAGAGAAGGAUUCUAUCUGUUCCCUGACGGCCGUGCACAGAACCCAGACCUCACCGGAUUGUGUGAGCCUUCACCACAGGACCACAUCAAAGUCACUCAGGAGCAGUACGAGCUGUACUGUGAGAUGGGCUCCACUUUCCAGCUUUGUAAGAUCUGUGCCGAGAACGACAAGGACGUGAAGAUCGAGCCCUGCAGGCACCUGAUGUGCACUUCCUGCCUGACCGCCUGGCAGGAGUCGGAGGGCCAAGGUUGCCCAUUUUGCCGCUGCGAGAUCAAGGGCACGGAGCCCAUCGUGGUGGACCCCUUCCACCCGAAGGCCGGCAGGGCUUCCUUCGCUGGCUUCCAGGGCUCUAGCCGAGCGGAGGCUUCCGGGAAUGACGAGGAAGAAGACGACCGCCUGGAGGACCAGCAACUCGUCAUGAGCAGGCUGGCCUGCACCAAGGUUGAGCGUCCUCCAUCUCCAGUGUCCCAGCUGCCCCCAGUGCCCCCCCGACUGGACCUCUUGCAGCAGAGACCCUCCAGCUCCCACAGUGCACUGGGCCAGGGGGCCACAGCAAAGAUUCCAGCCACUCACCGAGACAAGCCUCUACCUCUGCCUCCGGCCCUGAGAGAGCUCCCCCCUCCCCCCCCUCCGGAGCGCCCCUCGCUGGUCGGCCAGGACUCCAGACUCCAGCGGAGGCCGCUGCCCUCCACUCCCGACCAGCCCGCCUGGGCUGCCAACUACAUGGUCCCGCGUCCUGCCACCAAGGUCCCGCCGGCCUCGUCCGCCGCCUCUCAGAGCGGCGACACCGGAGGCGAGGGGGGAAGCAAACCCCAGUCGGCGACCAAUGCCAUCUACUGUCUGGCUGCGAGGUCUCUGCCGGCGGCAGCGGCGCUGACCGGGGAGAGGCCGUCGUCGGACUGCGAGGAGAACGAGUACAUGAGUCCCACCUCGCUCCCAGCCACUGGUGCACCCUGGGUAAUCUCGGGCUCCCUGGUGCCGCCGCCACCGGCCUCGGUGAACCAACACAACGACAUCAGCAGCGAGGCGGGGGACAGUGACUCUGAGGACCCCCAGGUCUACGAGUCCAUGUGUAAUAUCCAGGCCCAGGCUGGAUCGUCUGAGACGCCUCCAACCUCUGACCUGGACCACCCACAACACGCAGCAGUGGUGUCCCAGGAUCAGCAGGAGGACGACAGUGUGGAGGAUGUUUACGAGUACGACUGUCCCCGGCCUGUCGUCCCUCCGGCCCCCACCAGAAGAACCCUGUCCGAGGUCAGCGGCACCUCCGCCGCCCUCAGCACCCUCAGCAUCGACAGUGCAGUAGAAGCAAGUAUGUUCGCCGCGUGCGUCGAACCCGAGCGCCCCCCAAAACCUCUCCCGCGGCGAGCCAACUCCGACCGGCGGCCUCGGCCUCUAAACCGAGACUAUCCCGCUCCGUUGCCAGAACUCCCUGGUCCCUCCUCUGCCUCUGCCUCUGCCUCCCCGCCGCCGCCUCCUGCUCCUGCUCCUGCUCCUCCUCCUGCUCCUGCUUCUGCUCCUGCUCCUGCUCCUGCUCCUGCUCCUGCUCCUGCUCCUGCUCCUGCUCCUGCUCCUCUUCUUCCCCCCGUGGGCUCCGGGAGCCCGGCCCUCAACGGGGAGAUCGAAUGCCUGAUGUCCCAGGGCUACUCCUUCCAGGACAUCCAGAAAGCCCUGAUGAUCGCCCAGAACAACCUGGAGACGGCCAAGAACAUCCUGCGCGAGUUUGUCACCAUCCCCUCGGCCGCGGCACACAUCGCCACAUAGUGACGCUCGUCCUCUCCGUCUUCACUCGGUGCCAUUAUCACGGAAAAGCAUUGUACUGAGCACUUUCCUGCGGUGGGCCCACGAGUGCUCGCCAACAGGCUCCCCCCCCCCCCUUGAGGAGCGAUGCUGCGCUCAAGCCGCACCAGAGGACGGAACGGGACGACGGCGUCGUCAUCCGCAAGUCUUCAAACAUUGGAAACACCCGUAAAAAGUCGUCACGUAACAGACGAAGAACGAACUGCAGAGGAAUUCUAAACGUGAAGAUUACAGUAUUUUGUUUAUCUCGGGACCGCUCGCUGCUCCAAACUAGACGUUGCUCGACAUGAACUCAUUGUUGCCAUUCGGAGAUUGAGAUGUUUCCAGAAGUAUCCAUCAUCAGGCCGGUUGAAACUGGAGGCAAACGCGAGAUCUGAUGCGACCUGAACGCAGCAUCCGCAGAGAAAUCGGAGCCGUGACCGUGCGCUAUCUGUGUGGCGGUGUUUCCCCUCGGUCGCAGGACCUUCUCUCGUUAAGCUACACUGACUCUAACCCGUCGACGCACCUCUGUGGAUCGCUGUUUGUUUGUUCUGUGUCCCCACUGCAGGCAGUCGUUCAGUUCGCUGCCUCACAAGGCUUCUCGGUAAAAUUGUGGCGUACGAAAAAUAUGUAGCGACGCGGGUUUCGGUCGGAAAUUAGUGAUUAACUCCGUGGUGUGUGUGUGUGUGUGUGUGUGUGUGUGUGCGUGUGUGUGCGUGUGUCUGCUCAUGCUAACGCUAACGAAUGUGAAUGUUCCGUCGCAGUGCAGUAUCGCAGGGCUCGGUGUCGUACGUGUCGUCGCUCCGUUAUCGCCGUGGUUUUAUCUCGACAAGUUGAAGUUUGACUCCACAUCUCCUCUCAGCUCACCAGGGGUCAGUGACGGGUUCUUUACUGUCAUAACAAGUUUUAACGUUGAAGUUCUUCUCAUAACGUGUUGUGCUGAGUGGUACUAACAUUGGUUGAAUUUAAUUAUUAUUUUUUUCUCCAUUUACUCCUCUGGUGGUCUUGACGCCGGAGGCUGAUUUUAACUUGUAUAGUUUCUUACUACAGAGUGAAAAGACUUUGAACUGGAGCUGUUAGAUUUAUUUACCGCACCUCACGGGGAAAAAAUCAAAUUGAAGGGAUUCACACUGAGCUCUAAAGGAAGGCAACAAAAAAAUGAUAAUAAUCCGAAGAAGUCGUGUUGUCAUGUGGACUCAGGUACUCUCCGUAUCACGUCAGGGCUACAUGUUGUGGACUCUUCCUUACAGAAACACUCCAGCGAUGAUGUUUUCCUCCUUAUCAUUCGGGAAUGAAAUAUAACCUGUUGCUAUAUUUCCUUUUUUAAGAAUCAGCUCUCAGAGACAUUAGUCACCCGGCAGCGCAUAAAAGUUACAUGAAAUUAAAAAGUUAGAGCUCACAUGAUAAAUAUAUAACAAUUUUUUUGGUCCUCAGCAAAUUAGUCUGCUGCUUUUUUGAGAAGUUUCUUAAUUCUUUAAGUCGGUAAGUUCCAUAUUUCACAUGAACUGUGUGUAUCUGCUGUAGGGCUGCAGCUAGGCGAGCGUGUUAGCACAUGACGAGAUUCUCGUGAGAUUUUUAUGAUCAGCAGUCCCUGAAAAAUAAUGUCUUCUGCUCCGUGAAUGAAAUGUCAGAUGAGUCGGACCCCGGGGGCCUCGUCUCUCGGGGUCUCGAUUCAAAGUCGUCCGUUCUCCGCGAAAAAAAACCAAACAACAACUUCAAAUUACCACAGAAGUUAAAACUGAAUCGCCCUUUAAAGUUGUGGCUCUCACUUAACACUCACUUUCUUUCCUGCUGACCAAUGAGAUGCAGCUGUACUGUACUGUGGUGUACUGUAGUGUCGUGAUGAUGCAUCAGCCGCAGGAUCAAAGGGGCGUUUAGAGCGAAGAUGAAAAGAUGUCGGGGUCGUCAGAGGAGGGGAAACGCAGGGCCGCAUCAGUGUGGAAUACAAAAAUAUAUGAACCAGAAGAAGCUCCGUGCACUGCUCCAUAUUAAUGUGCACAUUCGGGAACACGACAGGCCCGAGAGUCUCGUCUCCCGCCGCCGCGCGUAAACCGGAAAAUAUGUCUGUUAAUAAGUUUUUACUCUUUCUUCUCCAAAAUAGAUCAUCGUUGGUCACAUGGUCUCUGCAGUAACACGAACAGUGAAUGUGCCUUCGUCCGUCACCAGCAGAGAAAAACACAAAACACCUUCUCCACAUUCACAUCUACCGCUUAAAUGAAAAGGAAAUUGGAAAAGGAAAUCCUUUUUUUUAAUUGGAGCUGUUUUCCAACAGUUUUGUCUCUUUCAAUAUCAAUUCAUCCAGAGUUUGGAGUUGAUUCUUGAUACGUCAUUUGAUACAGAGCCAUUAUCCAAAAUGAUCAUACUCUUAAGGUCCAAAAAAGGGACAUAUGUCCCAUCAAUUUUGUUGCUAAAAGAUUUGUGACCAGAAUACAAAGUUGGACAUUUUUAGAAUUUGGGGUGGGGAGCAAACUGAACCUGUUACGCCCCCUGGUGGACAAACUACUAACGGUGACAAAGAAAACAACCUACACUGCAUUCACCAAAGAAGAAGAAAACAUUAUUCAUAAUCAUUACAGAUAUGAUGAACUAACUUGAAUGUAAACUGAAUGCAAGCUGCAUAUGUCACUUCUGAACGGCAAGAAGUAAAAAAAAAUAAUGAAAAAAAUGCCGUUCUGUAUAUCGAGCUGUUAUGAUACAGAUUGUUAAUUUGACAAAAUGUCCUUCUAAAAACAAUCUCUGCAAGUUUUGAGAAUCCAUUCGUGCUCUUAAAAAAAAUAUAGAGAACAUAAUGUGGAAGCUACUGUAAAACAAAAAAAGGGUUAAAAUACAUUAAAAUGAUCACAAAAACAAAACAGGCCCCUUAAAAAGAGCAGUCUGAUCACGUCCCUGCAGACGAGGCUGAGGUCGGUGAAUCUGACCUCUCAAGUGUUUCUGUCUUGACGUGACCCUCACAGCUUUAAUUGUCCCUCAACCCAAAGCAUGUCAAAGCAGCGAGUUGCCCCUCACGUUGCCCCUCACGUUGCCCCUCACGUUGCCCCUCAGCUCCUUCUGAUACAGAGACGAUGUGGCGUCAGUCGGCGUCUGAACACUUGACGAACUCUUGACCGUGAAAGUGCCACCGCGUGAGGAAACACUCGAGGCCGGUGGCCCUGACACACACACACACACACACGCACACGCACACACACUUCCCCCUCCGAGUCACCAGUACACUCCGCUGGUGUGAUGUGUUGCUUCACAUCCCACUGGUCAUAUAUAUAUAUAUAUAUAUACCACACAUUAUAUAUAUAUAAUGUGUGGUAUAUAAUCCCGUUAACUCGCCUUCUUCUCAACAGGAACUUGCCUACUUUAAAAAAAAACUGUUUGUCUUCAUCGCUUUUUAUCGCCUGUGUAAAUAUGAUUUUAUUUAUUUGUCUUUUUAAUAACCUCAGCAUUCAUUGUGUUGCCAUGUUCUCAUGCCUAAGCCAUUAAGAUUUUGAAUUAAACUGUAUUUUCUUUAA